AUGAUCAAUCGACGAAAAUCGUCCAUAGCUGCCGGGAUUGGUGCGCUGGUUCUGGUCCUGAUAGCAGCUAACUUUGAGCCCUGCUCCGGACAUGGGCGACUGAUAGAACCACCGAGUCGUGCAUCGGCCUGGCGUUACGGAUUUUCCACACCACCCAACUACAACGAUCACGAGCUAUAUUGUGGCGGAUUUAAUCGGCAGUGGCAAAAGAACGAGGGCAAGUGUGGUGAGUGUGGUGAUCCGUUCGAUGCGCCGAUUCCAAGACCGCACGAGUUUGGAGGCAAAUGGGGCCAGGGUGUGAUAGUGCGAAGGUACAAACCCGGCACAACAAUCACGCUACGAGUUGAGCUGACAGCAAGCCACAUGGGCUACUUCGAGUUCCGCAUCUGUGACAAUGUGCAAGCGAAGCAAGACUGUCUAGAUAAGCAUCUGAUGAAGAUCGUCAGCGGUACACCAAGCAUUCCCCAUCCGAACGAUCUAAAGACCCGAUUCUAUCCUCGCAAUGGUAGCCGUAUCUACGAUAUGAAGGCCGAACUUCCUGCAGACUUAAACUGCAAUAACUGCGUCGUACAGUGGAAGUACGUCGCCGGCAACAACUGGGGCAUCUGCCCGGACGGUAACGGUGCUGUUGGCUGUGGUCCACAGGAAGAGUUCCGUGCCUGUGCCGAUGUAACGGUGAGCGAAAAGGAUGGCCAGGACAAUCGUACCCCACUGCGACCGGGCCAGAAACCGACACCGACCCGUGCACCCGACUCCAGCACGGAACCGUCCGAGGGCGAGGAACCGAUCGAAGAACCACCGAAGGGCGUCAAGUAUAUGGGCCCACUGGUGGCGAUUAUGUCGCUUUUUCUGGUCCUAUGUGGAUUUGCUGCACUUUAUAUUUAUCACUAUCAUGGGGGGCGGAUAAAGGCACUGAUGCGCUGGAACCGUGAAAAAGCGCAAAAGAGUGGCCACACUGCCGACACGAGCGCAAACCUUGCCACGGCAUCGGCGCCACACCAUGGCGAUGUGGAAGCGAACGCACCGGUACCGCCACCGAGGAUGAAACGAAUUUCGAGCCAGAUACGCGACAUCGAUGCCCAAGAGUCGAGUGUACUGUCCGGCAGUACCAAGCGACAAUCGCCGCUAGAUAUUAAUGUGAGCCGGCAACCGAGCGGAAUGGAUUGA